AGAGCGGUAACCCCUUGGGCGUCCUGUCGCGCCGCGCCGUAGACGUUCCGGGACAUCGCGCGGCGCGCAUCGCCGCGCUCGGCCGCGAGAAGAGAGGCGACCUUUCGUUCCCACGUCUCGAAAACGAGCGCCGCGUUUUUCCUUUCGCCUGAACCCCUCGAUCGAGGAUCCAAGUGUGCACGUUCGCCGGAACUCCCGCGCGAACGGAUGGACGUGGAGGAGAGAACCCGGAGCGACGUCUUCGACGCUCGUUCUCUGGACGCGGGAACGAAAGAGCUGAACGAGUGAGAGAGAGGUCUUUGGGAUUCGAUAUCGGAGGAAGGAUGCGUGACGAAAGAUGGGAGAUUUCGCAAAAUGGUCAAUGUUCCGCGCCUCGUAAUUCUUCUCGUGGACGAGAUUCGCGAUGCAAGGCGAAUGCGCCGCUGCUGAAAGGUACAACUCGUUAUUUUGUGUUCGAGAGGGCGGCCUUUUUGAUACAGCUGUUAGGGUUGUGCUAUAACUAGCGGCUUCGAUGCUCCCGUAUCUAGGCAAGACAACGAAGAUAUGUCAACACAAGUCACGGCGCGCUUGCAGACCAUGUCCGCGACGACGACGCCGGUGACGAGUCUGACGGUGAACACCCGGGUGUACGAAGGCCAGAAACCGGGCACUUCGGGGCUGCGCAAGGCCGUCAAGGUCUUUCAGCAGGAACACUACACGGAGAACUUCGUCCAGGCGAUACUGCAGGCCCUGGGCGAUCAGCUGAUCGGCUGCACUCUCGUCGUCGGUGGUGACGGACGGUUUUACGGCAAGGAAGCGGUAAAGAAGAUCAUCCGGAUCGCCGCGGCAAACGGGGUAGGAAAAUUAAUUGUUGGUCAAAAUGGUAUUCUCUCAACGCCAGCGGUAUCAACUAUAAUAAGAAAGUACAAGACACAAGGCGGAAUUGUCCUAACAGCGUCGCACAAUCCUGGUGGUCCCGAUGCCGACUUUGGCAUUAAAUUUAAUUGCGACAACGGUGGCCCUGCUCCGGACAACGUGACGAAUAAAAUCUACGAAAUCACUAAAACAAUUCAAUGUUAUAAAAUUAUUCCUGAUAUUAGCGUAGAUAUUGAUAAAAUACAGAGCACUUCUAUCGAAGUGGAUGGUAGACAAUUUACCAUCGAUAUAAUUGAUUCUGUGAAUGAUUAUGUGGAACUUAUGAAAGAGAUUUUUGACUUUGCAAGUAUUAAGAAAUUAUUGCAAGGUAAUGCUGAUAAACCAGCAUUUAAAGUUCUCAUCAAUUCGAUGAAUGGAGUUACGGGACCGUAUGUAGAAAAGAUAUUUAGUAGCGAAUUAGGCGUCGAUAAUUCAAGUUUAGUAAAUAUAAAGCCGUUAGAAGAUUUUGGUGGUUUACAUCCUGAUCCAAAUUUAACUUAUGCCAAAGAUUUAGUGAAUGCUAUAAAGGAAGGACCAUAUGAUUUUGGUGCCGCUUUUGAUGGAGAUGGAGAUAGAAAUAUGAUCUUGGGCAAGAAAGCUUUUUUUGUUACUCCCUCUGAUUCUUUAGCAGUAUUAGCUGCUAAUCUAAAGUUUAUUCCAUAUUUCCAAAAGACUGGCAUUAAAGGAUAUGCUAGAUCUAUGCCAACGGCUGCAGCUGUCGAUAGAGUUGCUACUAAAGACGGAGCGAAAUUCUUCGAAGUUCCUACUGGAUGGAAAUAUUUUGGAAAUUUAAUGGAUGCUGGGGAUCUAUCAUUGUGUGGAGAAGAAAGCUUUGGUACAGGUUCUGAUCAUAUUCGUGAGAAAGAUGGAAUAUGGGCAUGCCUGGCAUGGCUCAAUGUCAUCGCAGGACUUGGGAAAUCUGUAGAGAAUAUUUUAUUGGAUCACUGGAAAAUUUAUGGAAGAAAUUUUUUUACUAGAUAUGAUUAUGAAAAUUGCGACUCUGCGAACGCGGACAAGAUGAUGCAGAACCUUGAAGCUCUGAUUCAGAAACCAGAAUUUAUCAGCAGAAAGUUGCAGCACGAAGGUAAAGAAUACAUUGUUAAGCAAGCGGACAAUUAUUCCUACACGGAUCCUGUUGAUGGUAGCAAAGCUACGAAACAGGGUUUACGGAUAUUGUUUGUGGAUGGUUCCCGCAUUAUAUUCCGCUUAUCCGGAACGGGAAGUUCAGGCGCUACUAUCCGUAUGUAUAUCGAUAGUUAUGAGAAUGAUCCAGCUACUUUCGAGAAAGACGCACAAUUGGUGUUAAAACCUUUGAUUAAUAUCGCAUUAGAAUUAAGCGAACUUCGUCAACACACUUGCCGCGACGCACCGACUGUGAUUACAUAAAAAUAUUUUGUUUUGUAUGUACUAACAACUAUUUGUUCAGAGAAAUUUACAAAACAAGAGGGUAAAGUUUCACAUCGGUAUAAAUUCAUUUUGGGUUAUAGAAGUUCGCUCCAUUUUAUUAUCGUCAGAUUACAAAGCAAUAGCACGAAAUAAUUGUUGCUGACAUCAAUGAACGAAUUUUCCAUUUUUAUAAAUUGUUACCAACGUUUUACGGAGUCCAUCCAUAUUAUAUAUAUAUAUAUAUAUAUAUAUAUAUAUAUAUAUAUACACCGUGCGUAUUGGACAAAAACUAUUCAAUAUGCAUAUCUGUAAGUAGCAACUGAAAGAAAUGUUUCAAGAUCUAUGUAAUACUAGAUAUUUGCUAUAGAUGUUGUUGUGCUUGAAUCUUUACAUUUCAAGUCAAUCGUGAGAAAAUGCAACUUAAACUUAUUUAGAUCUUACUUAAAUAUUUAUGUGCGCAAGAGGAACAUUGAUAUUGUUCCUUGAGCAUUAAAAGAUGACUAAUUAUCUCGAAUUCUUUGGUAGAAAUUUGAGUAAUAUAAUUUAUACAUACUACUCAUAUAUUUACAUGAGUUAAUAAACAUUAAUUGUUCUUUUAUUCUUUAUUAAACUAGAUAUGUCUGGUAUAUGUAGAUAUUCUACAUGUGCUAGAAAACUUCUUCAGAAAUACUUUUGUGACAUAAAUAUUAUGUUACAAAGUGAAAUUGUUGCAAUAACCUAUCUAUCUUGUUAUGCCACAACAUAUUGAUAAAAAAUACAAUUUGUUAUAUCGGAUACAUAUACAUAGAUAAAGUAAAAAAUGCAUUGACAUUUUCCGAAAAAUAUAGAGGGCGAAAAAAGUUCUGUACCCAUUAAAAAUCAUGUCGAUUAUAUGUAAUCCUGUAAUGUGUGCACACAUCUCUUUUUCUUAAUAGUUGAUAUUAAAGCCACGGAAAACUUUGAUACAUUU